GUGGCGGCGGCAAGGAUGGCGGGCCGGCGCGGGGCGCUCAUCGUGUUGGAGGGCAUGGACCGGUCCGGCAAGACCACGCAGAGCCACAGGCUGGUGUCCGCGCUCCGCACCGCGGGCCACCGCGCCGAGCUGCUACGCUUCCCGGAGAGAUCGACCGAGAUCGGCAAGCUGCUGAGUUCCUACUUGGAGAAGAAGAGCGACAUGGAGGACCACUCGGUGCACCUGCUCUUCUCGGCCAACCGCUGGGAGCGAGUGCCAUUCAUUAAGGAGAAGCUGAGCCAGGGUGUGAACCUUGUCGUGGACAGAUAUGCAUUCUCUGGUGUCGCCUUCACCAGCGCCAAGGAGAACUUCUCCCUGGAGUGGUGCAAACAGCCGGACGUGGGCCUCCCCAAACCCGACCUGGUGCUUUUCCUGCAGUUGCAGCUGGCAGAGGCUGCUGCUCGGGGAGAGUUUGGCCUUGAGCGAUAUGAGAGCAGGGCCUUCCAGGAGCAGGCACUGGAGCGUUUCCAGCAGCUCAUGAGUGACACGAGCCUCAACUGGAAGACGGUGGAUGCUUCCAGAAGCAUUGAAGAUGUUCAUGAGGAAAUCCGUGUGCUCUCUGAGGAAGCCAUCGCUUGUGCUGCUUGGGGGCCACUGGGAGAACUGUGGAAGUGAGCCCAUGCCAUCCCCACAGGGCAUACAGACCUGACUUCAGACCUAUUCCAGGAGCUGACCCCUGCAGGCCAGGGGUGCCAGCUACACCAUCUGACAGGAGUGUCCCCCUGCUUCUUCCAGAAGUCACUGCCUUCCUGUUCCUAGAAUAAAGUGCUGGUAGGUGGGCUCACCCAAAGUAUCAACUCUGCCCCUGGCAAUGUCCUGGCCCCACUAAGUGUGCCUCAAGAAC